AACUUUAAAAAUCGAUCGAUCGAGAGAGAGAGAGAGAGAGAGAGGGAGAGAGGACAGAGAAACCCCUAAUUCAUUCUUCGAUUCACAGCGUCGACGACGUCAGAAGCACGUCAAUUUCCCCCCCAAACCCAGGGGUCUCCGUCGUCGAGCGUGAAUCUUUCUCCAUUAUUGUUUCUCCCAGUCAAUCCGUAUACUUGAAGAAGAAAAAAACAUGUACGUAUGCAAAUAGUAUUAGACUUUUAAACGAUACGUCAAGGCUUCUGAUUGUACCUGUACCCUUCUUCAUUUAUUUAUAGGGGGCAAACAUUCAUAAUUCGCAAAAACCAGAAUCUCCCAAUUCGUGUGGCCCGGGCUUCUGAUUCAUAGGGCUUGACACUAUUUACCCCCUUUGGAUUCUUUCUAGCUAAAUUCCGGUGGCUCCAUUUUGUAGGUCCUGAAUUUCUUGUGUCCUCUCAUUAGUUUCUGCUCCAAUUUCCCUGAAUUGAUCGAUUUUUUACUAUAAUUCGAACUUGUUCAGGUAGAUCUAUAUAUUCUCAUAGCUUUCUUAGACCUUUCCCCCGAGUUUUUUUUACGAAGUUUUGGGCUUUUGGGUUAUUCUUGAAAACCCUUUUUUUGCUUUGAUUCUGGCUAUCAAUUGGUUCUAUUGAGGGAUUCAAUUGCUCUUUUGGAGGCGAUUAGGAUCUGGGUUUUAUUUCUUGAGGAUAAAAUCCUAGAAGUUUGAGCUGUUUCGCGUAUAGUUCCUGUGUUUUUCUACUUGGGGAGGUAAUUCUUUUGAGAAUGACGAUUGGAAGCCUUAAGCCGACGAAAGAGAAGAAAUCGCGAAAGAGCAAACAAGUUGUCGAUGAGAAAGUGCCUCUGUUGCCCACAAAGCAAGAGGAAGAUACUGGAUUUGACGAGUUUGAUGGGGCUUCCUUUACCGGGGCAGUGUUUAAUUUGUCUACUACCAUUGUGGGUGCCGGAAUCAUGGCCUUGCCCGCGACUAUGAAAGUUUUGGGUCUCGUUCUUGGGAUUGCUAUGAUCAUCUUUAUGGCUUUCCUCACAGAAGCUUCGAUUGAGAUGUUGCUUAGAUUCAGCAGGGUGGGGAAAUCUUCUUCUUACGGAGGUGUUAUGGGGGAUGCCUUCGGAAAGUUUGGGAGGAUGGCGCUGCAAAUUUGUGUUCUUGUCAACAACGUUGGUGUGCUUAUAGUGUACAUGAUUAUUAUAGGUGACGUGCUUUCUGGAACAACUUCAAGUGGAAUUCACCAUGCUGGUGUGUUAGAAGGGUGGUUUGGAGUGUAUUGGUGGAAUAGUCGUACCUUUGUACUUCUGGUCACGACCCUUGCCGUAUUUGCUCCGUUGGCAUGCUUAAAGCGUAUAGAUUCGUUGAAAUUUACAUCUGCCUUAUCAGUUGCCCUGGCGGUUGUGUUUCUUGUUAUUACUGUUGGAAUCACUGUUAUGAAGUUGAUAAAUGGAAGCAUUUCGAUGCCUAGGUUACUUCCUGAUGUUACCAAUGUGACGUCAUUCUUGGAUCUCUUCACUGUAGUACCUGUUCUUGUCACGGCAUAUAUUUGCCACUACAACGUUCACUCAAUAGACAAUGAACUUGAAGACAACACAAAGAUAAAAGCGGUUGUGCAAUCCUCUCUUGCUCUCUGCUCAAGUGUGUACGUAAUGACAAGCCUGUUUGGGUUCCUACUCUUUGGUGACGCAACUCUUGACGAUGUGCUGGCCAACUUUGAUGCUGACCUAGGCAUUCCAUACGGUUCUCUGCUUAAUGAUGUUGUGCGUGUUAGCUAUGCGGCCCACCUCAUGCUUGUCUUUCCCAUUGUUUUUUAUCCGUUACGGUUAAACAUGGAUGGCCUCUUGUUUCCACACGCAAGGCCUCUGGCAUCUGACAACUUGAGGUUUGCGUUGAUUAGCUGUGGACUAAUUGGUCUCAUCUUUUUGGGUGCGAACUUCAUUCCCAGCAUUUGGGAUGCUUUCCAAUUCACUGGGGCAACUGCUGCAGUUUGCAUUGGCUUCAUAUUUCCUGCUGCCAUUACUCUCAGGGAUCGGCACAACAUUGCAACAAAGAAGGACAAGAUCUUAUGCAUCGUCAUGAUUGUCCUUGCUGUGUUUUCAAACGUGGUGGCUAUAUACAGUGAUGCCUAUGCCUUGUUCAAGAAAAACACUUCACCUAGUGAAUGAACUAGCUCGUUAACAGCAGUCAAUGAGCGACUGUUUUAUCUCUUCUCAUGAGGCACCAAUAAAAGGUCGAAUCCCUUUGGAACACAUUGGUGAAAAGUCUAUCGGAUUUGGUAUCAAUAAGACGAACAUUCUGCUCAAUAGUUUAAGUUGAGUUCUUUUGGUAGAAGUGUAAACUGGGGUGUAUAUCAGUUCUGGAUACAUCUCUCUUUGUGCAUUAGUGUAUUAUUGUGUAAAUGUAAAUGAUUGAUGUUUGUAUGGACUUAAAUCAAGUUACGAAAUGCCAGUGUAUAUCUAGUUUUCAUGGAGAAAA